UGCUAACGUAGUUAGCUUGUUCUCUUAGCUUAUCGGUGCUGCUAUGGGAGGCUGAUGGAGCCCAGGCUCGGGGGUGUUCGGGUUGGCUGCGAAAACAUUUCUGUCCCACUGGGUGUUUUUCACUGCCUGGACAAGGAGGAGUUAUAAUUGUUCUCCUGCUCGCACUGAAGCGCGGAGUGAAGUCCAAACGGAAAAAAUAUAUAUAUAUUUACAUAUGAAAUCCUUUAUUUAUCCAUCUUGGUCAAAUCCCUCAGCGCUUCAGAAAACAUCAGCAGUAACCGUAACAACAUCCGCGUUAUUGACCACUGCUGCUGCUCACUGAUUCCGGAAAGGAUGAGUACUUUACAUUAAACUAGCUUACUUUGUUACAGUCAGCAUUUGUGGCAGCUAAUAUACUGAAUAAGUGAACUUGUAGGAUAAAACGGGUUAAACGCUAGCCUCGCUCAUGAUAGACUAGUCAGUUGUUUAUGCUUUUUUUUUUAUUAUUUAAAAUGGCUGCUGAGAGGACUCUGAAGUACAGCUGAUUCUGUUUAAAGAUGCUCUGGAUUAUUGGAAGGCCAUGUGUGUGACUUUGAGGAUUGGUGCAGUAUUGAGGACUUUUCCAGCAGGAGGUAACGCUGGCUAACGCAGGAAAAAAUCCAGCCUCUUGAUCAGGAAGAAAAACAACAAUGAGGCAAAACCGGUGGCUAUCAGAGCUGAGCUGAUUUAUUAUUAUUUUAUUUUUUUAUUCCAAUGACUUUCUUUCUUUAUGAAGGAUUUGAUGGACAUCUGUGUUUUUCUUUUGCUACACCGUUUGAAGUCAGCUUGGGCUUUUCUCUACAGAGAUGUGCUGAGCGGAUCAUGUGUUACUGAAGCCUGCCUGGAUCCUCUCCACUAAUUGAAACAGUCUGGAAGAGAGAGAGAGAGAGAGAGAGAGAAGGGCCUCGUUAUAAUCCUGCAGACAUGGAUGGGAGGAAAACGCAGAGGACUGAGCUGUGUUGUCUCAGACACCUCGCUGGUUCCCGGGUUGGGCUGCAGGGCAUGAACAGAUACCUGGUGCUUUGUGCGAUGGUGGGCCUCGUGCUGGCUACAGACGCGUCUCCGUCAAAAACCUGCGACAAAAACUGUCUGUCUGGGAAAUGCGUGAACGGAUCAUGUGUGUGUGAUCGAGGAUGGGUUGGGGAUCAGUGUCAGCACUGCCACGGCAGGUUCAAGUUGACUGAUCCAUCAGGGUACCUGACAGAUGGCCCCAUCAACUACAAGUACAAAACCAAAUGCACCUGGCUGAUUGAGGGCUACCCGAACGCUGUGCUGAGGUUGCGUUUUAACCACUUCGCGACCGAAUGUAGCUGGGACCACAUGUACGUCUAUGAUGGAGACUCCAUUUACGCUCCUUUAGUAGCUGUGUUCAGCGGUCUGAUUGUGCCAGAGGUUCCGGGUAAUGAGACCGUCCCUGAAGUGGAGACCAACUCUGGUUACGCGCUCCUGCACUUUUUCAGUGACGCAGCCUACAACCUGACUGGAUUUGAGAUCUUUUACUCGAUUAACUCAUGCCCGAAUAACUGCUCGGGCCAUGGCAAGUGCACCACCUCUAACUCCAUAGCGAGCAGAGUGUACUGUGAGUGUGAUAAAUACUGGAAGGGAAAAGCGUGUGACAUACCUUACUGCAGGAACAACUGUGGCAGCCCAGACCAUGGCUACUGCGACCUCACUGGGGAAAAGCUGUGUGUAUGCAAUGACAGCUGGCAAGGUCCGGAUUGCUCCCUCUCUGUGCCCUCCACUGAGUCAUACUGGGUCAUGCCCACAGUGAAGCCUUUUGGUACAUCACUAGGCAGGGCAUCCCAUAAGGCAGUAGUUCAGGAGAAGGUCAUGUGGGUUGUUGGUGGCUACGCGUUUAACUAUAGCAACUUCCAGAUGAUUCUAAAUUAUAAUCUGGAUAGUGGCACCUGGAACACUGUGGCUAGCAGUAGUGGGCCUGUGUCGAGAUACGGCCACUCUCUCGCACACUAUCAGGAUAAACUCUACAUGUUCGGGGGAAAGUUGGAGAUGGGCUCGGGUAAUGUAACAGACGAAUUGUGGGUGUUUAAUAUGCAGAGUAAGUCAUGGGCUCAGCAGUCUCCAAGCACGCCGGCUCAUGGUCAGGUCUACGCGGUGGAGGGUCAUUCUGCACACAUAGCCGAACUGGACACAGGAGACGUGGUAAUGGUGGUCAUCUUCGGCUACUCCUCCAUCUACAGCUACAUCAGCAACGUGCAGGAGUACAACAUCAAAACAAACACAUGGCUGGUUCCUGAGACGAGAGGAGCCACAGUUCAGGGGGGCUACGGCCACAGCAGCGUGUAUGACGCCGGCAGCAAGAGUGUGUAUGUCCACGGAGGCUACAAGUCCCUGCCUGCUAAUAAGUAUAGCCUUGUGGAUGACCUGUACCGUUAUGAGGUGCACACUCGUAUCUGGACUAUUCUGAAGGAGAGCAGUUACCCACGCUACCUCCACUCGUCAGUGCUGCUGGGAGGAACUCUGCUCAUCUUUGGAGGAAACACUCAUAAUGAUACGUCACUAAGCAAUGGUGCUAAGUGCUUCUCUGCUGACUUCCUGGCCUAUGAUAUUGCGUGUGAUGAGUGGAAGGUCCUCCCCAGACCAAACCUGCACAGAGAUGUUAAUCGUUUUGGCCACACUGCUGUCACCAGUAAUGGGUCUAUGUAUGUGUUUGGUGGAUUCUCCAGUGUGCUGCUGAAUGAUGUGCUGAUCUACAGGCCACCCAGCUGUGAGGCGUUUGUGGGGCAGGUGCGAUGUGAGGCUGCAGGUCCAGGGGUGCGCUGUGUUUGGAGACAGAACCGCUGUCUCUCCUGGGAGCCCAAUUUUUCCACAAGCACACUUGCAACCUUCUGCCCUGCCAAGCCUGCAACCAUGGAUGAGAGAUGUCACCGCUUCUCUGACUGCACCAGUUGUAGUGCAAACACUAAUGGCUGUCAGUGGUGUGAUGACAAGAAAUGCAUCUCAGCCCUCAGCAAUUGCACUGCAAGUGUGAGAAACUUCACCAACUGCUCCAUCAGAAAUGAGCAGAUCUGCAGCAAGCUGGCCAACUGCAAGAGCUGCACCUUAAACCUUAACUGCCAGUGGGAUCACCAGCAACAUGAGUGUCAUGCGCUCCCUGCCAAGUUGUGUGGAGAAGGGUGGAGCCAAGUGGGCGAGGCCUGCCUGCGCAUUAACUCAAGCCGAGAGAGCUACGACAACGCCCGGCACUACUGCAAGAACCUGGGUGGCAUCAUCGCCUCUCUUUCUACUGCCAAGCAAGUCGAUUUUGUUCUUGGAGAACUGCAGAAGUACCAGCAACAGGAGAAGAAGCUGUUCCCCUGGGUGGGCCUAAGGAAGAUUAACGUGUCCUACUGGGGCUGGGAGGACAACUCUCCCUUCACGAACACUUCUUUGCAGUGGCUGCCUGGAGAGCCCAAUGACUCAGGCUUCUGUGCCUACCUGGAGAGAGCGCAGGUCUCGGGGCUCAGGGCAAAUCCCUGCAACGCCAACACAGACGGCCUCAUCUGUGAGAAAGCAGUCGAGAGCCGGAAUGCACGUCCGUGUAAGACACCCUGCUCGCUGCAUGUGACCUGUGAGAACUGCACCAGCCAGGCCACAGAGUGUAUGUGGUGUGGCAGCACCAAGCGCUGCGUGGACUCCAAUGCCUAUGUCAUCUCCUUCCCCUAUGGCCAGUGUCUGGAAUGGCAGACUGGAGACUGUGUGGCUCAGAACUGCUCUGGUUUUCGGACGUGCGGACAGUGUCUGGAGCAGCCCGACUGUGGUUGGUGUGGAGAUCCGACUAACACAGGCAAAGGGCAGUGUGUGGAGGGCUCGUACCGUGGCCCUAUGAAGAACCUGCCCAAACACAGCCAGGACAUGCUGCUGGAUACGACUCUCUGUCCCAAGGAAAGAGGCUACGAGUGGGCCUUUAUCCAGUGCCCUGCCUGCCAGUGUAACGGCCACAGCACUUGUGUGAACGGGAGCGUGUGUGAGCAGUGUCGUAACCUCACCACCGGCCCACACUGCGAAACCUGCAUGCCUGGUUAUCACGGAGACCCCACCAACGGAGGGAAGUGUCAAGCCUGUAAGUGUAAUGGCCAUGCCAAUGUGUGCCAAGUGCUGACUGGGAAGUGUUUCUGCACCACCAAGGGGAUUAAAGGAGACCAAUGUAACCUAUGUGAUUCAGAGAAUCGUUACCUUGGCAACCCUUUGAGAGGAACCUGUUACUACAACCUUUUGAUUGACUACCAGUUCACCUUCAGUCUGCUUCAAGAGGAUGACCACUAUUACACUGCCAUUAACUUCAUGGCCACUCCAGAACAGACUAAUAAAAAUUUGGACAUGUCCAUCAACGCGUCCAACAACUUCAACCUCAACAUCACUUGGUCAGUUGGAUCAACAGCAGGUACCAUCUCUGGAGAAGAAGUCCCCAUUGUGUCCAAGACCAACAUUAAAGAGCACAGGGACAGCUUCUCCUGUGAGAAGUUCAGCUUCCGCAGCAAUCCCAACAUCACCUUCUACGUCUACGUCAGCAACUUCUCUUGGCCUAUUAAAAUACAGAUUGCCUUCUCGCAGCACAACAGCAUCAUGGACCUGGUACAAUUCUUUGUGACAUUUUUCAGCUGUUUUCUCUCGCUGUUGCUGGUGGCUGCAGUGGUGUGGAAGAUCAAACAGACCUGCUGGGCCUCAAGACGGAGAGAGCAAUUGAUGAGAGAAAGGCAACAAAUGGCAAGCCGUCCCUUUGCUUCCGUUGCCAUGGCACUGGAGGUGGAAUGUGAUCAGGUGGAGCUGCUACAAGGAGGAAUAGAGGCUCCUCCCAAACCUAUAGCCCUGGAGCCAUGUUCGGGAGGCAAAGCUGCAGUUCUGACGGUGCUCUUGUGCCUCCCAAGAGGACCAUCAGGGUUUCCACCUCCUGGACAGUCAGGUAUUGCUAUAGCUAGUGCGCUGAUUGACACCUCCCAGCAGAAGCCUAUGGAGUUUAAAGAGAAGAAUCCAGGCUUAAAGAACCGCAAAGCUCUGCCAACAGCUCACCAGGGCACGUGUGUGUGAGGCGCAUGCCCUCUGCAGCUGCCAUCUUACCUGGACUAUCCUUUUCCAAAGAGCUGUGCUUUGUUCCAGUGCUGCGGGUCACCGGCAACAUCUUUAUACACAGAGAGGCCCCCGGUGAUGGGGUUUUGCUAGGUAGCAGAGUGCUUUGUCCUCCUCUUCUUUAACACUACACCUGUAUCAAACACCUCCUGCACUCCAGCACAUGGAUCUCCUAGCACAUCUCACUAUUCCGUCAGCUGAUCAGCUGUAUUUCACUAGAAGUCUAGUCUGACAAAGCCUUUUCUAAAGUCUCUAAAUUCAGUCGUUUGAGUUUUAAGGCUCUGGUUGUGAGUGACCUCCUUAACCAGCUUCAUGGUCCACUGUAAUCUGUUAAAAAAAAAAAAAAAAAAAAAAAAAAAAUGUGCCUCUCAUCUGGUUCGUACUUUAUUAGUCAGUGAGAACAGAGGAAGUGUGUGAUAUACACUGCUUACCCAGAGAGCCUUUCACAGGUCACAUUAUAGACUUUUGAUGGUAUUGUAUAUGGGUGUAAACGCCUGUUUCUUUGCUUGCCAAGUAGACUCUGUGUUUGCUAAAAAAAAAAAAAAAAGCUUCUUAUUUACCAUUACACGCAUUUGUAGUCAAUUCGGGCUUUUGUAUUUCAAAUCCAACAAGUUCUGUCAUACGUAGCACAGAAGAGCUGUUAGGUUUGUUUAAGCUAAUGAAGUUUUGCUGCUGGUUAUAUAUAAGAUCUGGGAGAAACUGAUCAUGUUUGACUAAAAUAACAUGUACUAUCAAAGUUUCUAUGUUUCAUCUGUCUGCUAUUCUUGCAAAGCUUUUGCAUGACAUACACACUAGAUGCUUUAAAAGUUGUAAAAUCAGAAGAAGAGUCUUUAUUGAGUUAGCAUAUAAAACAAUGGUUGCGAGAACACAGCCAGUUAAAGGCAUCACCAUGGAAACAGACGCUGACAGGAUGGACUCACAAGAAUGAGACGUAAUACAGGGACUCAAUUGUAUAGUAUUCUUAUAUAUAACGUAAGAGAACAGGCGACUAGCGAAGCGUUUGUCUUCAUUUGUUUUGUUUUUGUUUGUUGUUUUUUCCUCCCCAGAAUGGCUUGGUACUGAUUGCAUACAUGAUCGUCUUGUGGCCUUGUGGUAAACAUUUCUUUGUAAUGGAUUGUUGGUCUUUACGUUUCACAUAUUGUGAAUGCAGCAGAUGGACUCUGGUUAAGGACACUGUUGAGCCACUCGAGGCUUGCAGUGAAGGAAUUUAACUCCACAUGCUUCAUCCAGCUCUCACAGGAAUCCCACCAGGACAGGCUUCUCCACAGCCCAUGCACUUUCUCCCUCCAGCAGAAAGAGAGCCAUUAGCAAUAUUACCAAGACAGGAGCUGAGGAAGAACACAUGAGGAAGUGUACAGCUCUCUUCCCCUCGUAUGUUUGUGUAACACACAAACAUGUCAAAUGUGAAUCACUUGCUUCUUCAUCUCGGUAUUCUAAUGGCUUUGUUCCCAUUUGGUUUUAUGAUUUUUUUUUUUCUUUCUGUUUUUAAUAAAGAACAUUAAAAGGUCA